UUCAGCGGCCGUGUUUGUGUUUGUGGUGGCCUGUUGCUGUCGCUUGGAUCUUGCGUUGCAGUUGUGUGUAAUUUCUUUACAAGUGAAGCGAUAUGUCGUGAACAACUUUUCUGAAUAUAGAGGAAAGGAGGAUGCUUUUCGAAGGCAGCCGCUAGCUUGCGCGCAUUGGUGGGUCACCAGUUGAGAACGCGAGCGUCGACUGCGUGCGGCGUUUCAAUGUGCUCUAGCGAACGAACGACAUUUUUUGGAGGGGGGCUAGAUCCUAAUCCAUUUUUUGCCAGGCCUCUCGGACAUGUAGUAUCAGAAACCUCAAGCUGCAACUAGUUCAAAGUACAUAUAGCGGUAUUCUCAAGAAGUGACGCGUAAAUGGAUGACGCCAUAGGUGUACGACAGUAGUGAGCAGCUUCACAGCAGCAGAGAUGGCCACUAUUCCUACGAGCGUAGUGGCCACGACGAGCAUCUACACGACUACGGUGCCGCUGUGCCAAGGCACGACUGUGCCACUCUGUCAAGGCACGGUUGAGAACCACCAGCUGUGUGCGACUUCGACGGUCACUUUGCCGAUACAAGUGACCAUACCUCCUGUGGUAGCUCACACUGUUGUCCAGCCAACACCAGCCUUGUCUGGCACAAUUACGGUGCCUGCCGUGACGCCCACGGUGACGCCCAUAACGUCCUCGUCAAACAUGGUAGCCGCUUCUAGCGUCGGCGCAGCCGCAGCAUGUGCCCCUUCCAUGACUACCACCUUAGUCAAGACUGUUGUGCCCACAAGCCUUCCCGAGAGGCAUGUGAACAUGGGCGAUGGUGUUCAGGUUCUGAACAAGCAGCGCCUUCAAGACCUGGUCAAAGAAGUGGACCCGAAUGAGCAGCUGGAUGAUGAUGUUGAAGAACUCCUCCUGCAAAUCGCCGACGAGUUCAUCGAGAAUGUAGUGACAUCAUCCUGCCGUAUCGCUAAGCACCGUAAAUCUAACGUUCUGGAAGCCAAAGAUGUUCAGCUGAGCCUUGAGAAAAACUGGAACAUGUGGAUUCCUGGUUUUGGUGCAGAAGAGGUGCAGCCAUACAAAAAGGCAAGCAGUACAGAAGCACACAAGCAGCGCAUGGCUCUCAUCAGAAAGACUCUGAAGAAAUACUAGCUACGUCUAUUGUCGUAAUGCUUAUUAUUAUUUUUAACAUGUUCUGUGAAUAAAAGUACAUUUUCUGCGGGUUUUUUUGGUACUGGCUGCAUUGAUUAAAUGAGUGCUUUGCACUUCACGUUUAAUUUUGCACAUCCGGAUGAAAUGUCAGUGUGAAUUUUGCAAUCAUUAAUAAACAAGUUAUCCACC